UCAAAAACAUUUAAAACGGAAAGUUUCAAAUCCUUGAAAACGGUUACUAUAACUAUAUAUACUAUACUAUCGAUAACUAAAUACUAAGUAUUAAAAAUUCACAAGCUGAAGUAUUUUUUUAUCAUAGAAUAAUAAUUUUUAUCUAUUUUUACAUCAUAUAUAGUUCAAAAGUUUACAAAUGGUGAAAAUAGUUUAUUUUUUAAAUACGAAAACAUAGUUUUUUGUAUAAUUUGUUCGAUAAGAUCAUUCGAUCACGAUUAUAAACAAAUUACAUGCUUGUAAAAUAUUUUUUUAGUGAAAAUGCGGAGAUCUAACAGUUUGAGUCAUAUACCAGUUAGAACGAGGGGUUCAUCAAUUAUGUGCACCAAUUCUAAUCGAGAUAAAAUUAGAUCAACUUCUGUAGGAAGAUAUUCUAAAGAAAGUACUCAUUUAACUAAAUCUAAAAGAACUUUAUCACCCGAAAAUCAAUUGAUUAUUAAACAAACACCUUUAAACAGACAAAGAAGUUUAUUACGCGCAACACCAGCUUCUAUAAGAAGUGCCAGCAGUUCCCGUUCAAGAAUUUCCCCAACUUCAGCACUAAUAGAAAGGAAAACAAUACAGAAACUUAGUACAAAUAAAACAUGGGUGGCUAGGCAGUAUGAAAAAGUACAAAAUUAUAUAGUUAAUUCAGGUUUGUUUGAUGAAAAUAUGGUUACCAUUAAAAAUAUCAAACCGCCAUCUAUCAAGGUGUUUGUUUAUACUGUUACGGUGCUUUUGGGUCAGUUAUUUCCAAAUGUGAAGAUUACAAUGGAGAAUUACAAGGAAGAGAUUCCUCGUAUACUGAAAACAAUGAAUUAUCCAGGAACGUUAACAAAGUCCACAUUAAAAACUGUGAAUACGAUGCAUUCUUGGCCUCAAGUAAUUGGUAUUAUUGGAUGGCUUGUAGACAAAGUGACUAUAGUGGAUAGGGCUACAGUAGAUAUAUCUGAAAUGAGCAAAGAGGAACAACACAAACAAAUCAGUCUGGAUUACUUAUUGAUGCGAUAUGACCAAUUCUGCAGUGGACAAGGAGAAAUAGAAGAAAUUAAUAACCAGUUUUUCAGAAAUCUUGCCGUAACUUUAGGAAUAGAUACAGCUACUUAUUUCAAAAAUAAAAAUGAUUAUGACAAAAAAUGUACUUACAGGAAUACUCUGCAAACGGAAGUGGAAGAAUUGGAGCUAGAGAAAAAGGUUUUAGAGAAACAAUAUGCAAAAAUUUUGGACGAAUUAAAUGAUAUUCAAGGAACAGAUGCCGAUAAGGAAGCAGCAGUAGAUGCGGAACUGAAUUAUUUUCCAGUACAAUUAGAAAAAUUGAUCCAAAAAGAAAACGAAUUAAUGGCUAGGGUUGUAAAAUUGGAAGCGAGCAUAAAAAUACAGCCAUGCACGUAUCAAGAAAAACGUGAAAUGUUGGAUAGAAUAAAUGCGAUGAACAACGAAUUGAAUAUUUAUAAAGAGAAAAAGGAAUGCGCCCAACGAAUUAAAGAACAAUUUGAAACUAGGUUCUUAGAGGAGCGCGAAAAGUUACAAUCCCGCGUAAUAGCUUGGAAUAGAGCCCUGAUGUUGAUUUGUAUAAAGAAACCUCAUCUUAAGCAACUAUUACUCAAAGAAACUGGGUUCCAUCGUGAUGAGUUUCUACAGGAAAUCCUUGAUGUAGUAGAAAAGAAGAUUCAGAUAGAAAACGAAGAAGAAAGCCAAAUAAAUGAGAUAGAAAGGGAAUUGAAUCCAUUGAAGAUCGAAAUUGAAACUUUGGAACAUAACUUAAAAGAAAUACAAAGUGACAUUGAUGAUGUUAUGGAGAAAUUCACGCAGUUUUGUGAAAAUACAAAUCAGCUUAAAAAUAAUAAAGUAGAGAAAAUGAAAGCAUGGGAACUGGAAAAACGCAAACUACUGUCCAAUAUAAAAGAUUUAAAAGGUGAUAAACAAGUAGAUAAAUUGAACGAGGAAUUCAAAGAGUUGGGAUUGAAGCGAGAACAACUUUGCAAAGAAUUAGACAACUUAAAGAAAAACGGUGUAAAGUUCUUUAUCGAUUUACAUAAAAUAAUCAGAAACAACACAUUGUCAUUGGCAAAUAUUUUAGAAGGUUUGAAGAAUAAAGUCGAAAGAGCGAUUGAAGUGAAUUUAGAAGAAAAAAAUGAUUUUAUCGUAUUUUUAGAAAGUUUAAAUAACGAAAAGAAUCCUGAUGUAUAGAUCUUACAAUAAAACAUUGUUAUAGUGGA